CGCACAUAAUCCAACAUCGGGUUAUUCUUUGUAUAAGAGCGCUUGGGUGUGGACAGAUCAUGCAUAGCAGGAGUUAAUCCGAUACUGCACAUAUUUUACAUCCUCUUUCUACUCGGUACGAUUCAUGCCAUACCCCAGUCAGAGUCUUGAUCAAGCCCGCAUCGCAUCGCCUCGCCAAUCAUGGCCAACCCCCCUCCAAAAGUCUGGGCCUCCCUAAUCACAAACCUGGAUUAUCUCCCCGGCCUGCUCACCCUCGCCCACUCGCUCCAACAAAGCAAAACAGCCUACCCGUUCAUCGCGCUGUACACCCCCUCCUUCCCCGAAGAUGGGAUAGACGUCCUCACAAGACGAGGCAUCGCCUCCCGGCUUGUGGACACAGUCACCCCAUCCGCAGAUCGCACCUACGAGCAAGACCCGCGCUUCCACGAAGCCUGGAAGAAACUGGUCGUCUUCUCGCUGUACGAGUACGAUCGAAUCGUCCUGCUGGACAGCGACAUGCUUGUCCGCCGCAACAUGGAUGAACUGAUGGACGUGCAUCUCGAUCGCGGGAAUCGACUCUUCGGCGCGAGUCAUGCGUGUGCUUGUAAUCCGAUGCGAAAGAAGAAUUAUCCGACUCAUUGGCCGUCAUCCAAGCACGGAGCACACAAGGCUAACCCUCGCAUGAUAAUGGGAGGGAUAUACAGGAUCCCGCAAAACUGCGCCUUCACAACCCAACACCCCGACCCUGCACGCGCCCAACACGAGCCUGCCCCCUCCACGGCAGGUAUAUCCAUGCUGAACAGCGGUCUGCUCGUCGUUAGCCCUUGCGCAGAAGAUUUCUCUCUCGUUCAAGACGCGCUCCGUGACGUGGAACGAGUCAAGUCCUAUGCGUUGGCGGACCAGGAGCUAAUCUCGGAUGUGUUCAGGGGACGGUGGGCCCCGCUACCGUACGUGUAUAAUGCGUUGAAGACGAUGAGGGCGGACGGCGUGCAUUCUGCCAUCUGGCAAGAUGAGGAGGUGAAGAAUGUUCAUUACAUUUUUGCGGUCAAGCCGUGGCAUCAGCCUGGGGAGAGGGAGGCGGAUGAGCCGAAUCGGUGGUGGUGGGCGGUUGAUGAGGAUCGGAGGCGGGGGGAGAGGGGGAGAGGUGUUGUGGAUGGGUAUUCAUCUCAUGGAGGAGUAGAUAGUUGUUCAGAAUAG